AUGAAGAAUAUCAGACCCUGCAAGUUCAAAGGAGGAUCAGAUCCUAUUGAAGCCGACAAGUGGAUUACUAUGAUAGAGAAGAAAUUUGAGGCUAUGGAGUGUCCGGAGGAGUAUCAGAAGAAGAUCGCGGUGUACUAUUUGGAAGGCGACGCAACAGGAUGGUGGGACAGUAUAGACAUGCAGCGUGGACACACCAUCACAUCAUGGGAAUCGUUCAAGGGAGAGUUUGAGAGGAAGUAUUUUCCUCCAGAAGCGAAGCAUCGGUUGGAGCGCCAAUUCUUGAACCUUGUUCAAGGAGAUACGCCAGUGAGGAGUUACGAAUCUGAGUUCACAAGGUUGAGGCGACACAUUUUUGAUGGGCGUGAAGAUGAAGAAACUAUGAUCUGUAACUUUAUGUACGGAUUGAAGCCGGAGCUUGGAAGUCGUUUAGCUGGAAGCAACUUUAGCAGCUUAUCGGAUCUGGUGGAAAAAGUUGUUAAUGUUGAGACUGUAUUGGAGGCUAAAAGGAUGACCAUACCGCAUUCUGGUGGACAUACCAAGUUUAGCCAAAGAGGAAGACCAAAUUUCAAUAAGGGUCCAAGGUUUAACAAAGGCAAAGGACAAAAAUUUGGAGGCCAAACCAAUUAUUGCAGUAACACCGGAGUAUGUUACAUAUGUGAUCAACCGGGACACAUUUCCAAGGUUUGUCCCAACAGACAACGGAGUAACUAG